CCUGGCAGAAGAAGAAGCAGCCAAGUAGUAAGAAUAACCUAAUUUUGUGGUAAGGUUGAGGCAAGAUUCAUCUUCAUUCAUACUUCACCUUCUUCAUUCAUUCAUUUCCACAAACACCUUCUACUCACUCUCUCUCACUCUUCCAAAUCAACAAUGGCAACAUCACUCUCUUUCUCCAGACUCCUCUCAUCUUCUACCACUACCUCACUCUUAUCUCCCAAAACCAAAACCCUCUCUUCCAACUUCACCCUCCCUCUCAAAUUCAACCGCUUCAACUCAAAACCUCUCCGAUUCUCCUCUUCCCCCAAAAUCUCCGCCACCAUCUCCGUCGGCGACAAACUCCCCGAAUCCACCUUCUCCUACCUCGACCCCGCCGGCGAAGUCCAAACUAUAACCGUCUCCGACCUAACAAAAGGCAAAAAAGCAGUCCUCUUCGCCGUUCCAGGAGCCUUCACACCAACAUGCUCACAGAAACACGUUCCUGGAUUCGUGGAGAAAUCAGCGGAGCUAAAAGCGAAGGGAAUUGACACCAUCGCUUGCAUUUCGGUGAACGAUGCGUUCGUGAUGAAAGCGUGGAAGGAGGAUUUGAAGGUUAAUGAUGAAGUGGUGCUUUUGUCUGAUGGGAAUGGUGAUUUCACGAAAGCAAUUGGUGUUGAGCUUGAUUUGAGUGAUAAACCUGUUGGAUUGGGUGUUAGGUCAAGACGUUAUGCUUUGUUGGCUGAAGAUGGUGUUGUUAAGCUUUUCAAUUUGGAGGAAGGUGGUGCUUUUACUUUCAGUGGUGCUGAUGAUAUUCUCAAAGUUCUUUGAAUCAAUUUUCUAUUAUGUCUUACAACAUGUUUAAUCGGUUAAGGUUAAUGCACUUUUUUGGUUUUGGUUUUCUUAAUAAUAAUUUGGAGUGGAUUUGACCUAAUUGGUGUUUAUUGUCCUAAUUCUAUUUUGUGAUGAUGAUUAACUGUUGAGCUUUGUGGUGAUUUGUUGGUGAAUUAUAUUUUCAUUGUAUGCAUUGGUUAGUGGUUGAUUGAA